UCCCUUUGGAUAACCCUGACCUGUGGUUCUUCCUUCAAUUUCAAGAACGAGUGCCGACCCAGAUAAACUUUCCUUCUCAAAAUAAGCUCAGAUCCUUCAGACUCAAAUGCUUCCAAAUCAAACUGAAUCUCAACCCUCCGCACUGAGCACCGCAGAGAUUCAAAAUCAUACCUCAGCUGAAGAAGACCUUGAGCUAAUCUAGGCGCUCAUCUCGAGAUCACGUUCGGUGCCGGCGGGCUAUGGUUGAUCUGGUGCCGGCAGUUAUGAAGAUAGUUUGUGGCCUGGGUAUGAUGGCUUAGAGCGUCAUACUUUGAGUCAAGCUGAACAUUGAGGCUUAGUGAAGCUUUUUGGUUAAAAGGCAAAGUGCUCCAUGGCCGACGAUGCUUCGGAACUCGAGGCCGGGUCAGAAGGUAGCGACACACUAACCAAAAAUUCGGCCGAGUUUGCCACAAAAUUUAAGAAGGCUUUUGAUGCUUCCAAAGACACACUUCAAAAUUCCGUGGUUUGUCAGCUGGCAAAAAACAAAGAACCGCUGGGAAUGUGCACACUGGGGCCGCAUUACUACGCGGGCAUGCCGCUGGCCAUGAAGGAGGUACUAGAGGGCUCAUUAGUUGACACGUCAUGUCUUGCUUAUGGGGCUAGUUGGUCCACCUGGAGUUCUGAGUUCAAACUUCCGCGGGUUUGGCCGAAACUGACCCCUGAGUGGGGCAAAUGGGUGCCAAGGAUGGAGCAUUUCUUUGCUCAAAAAUGGAAGGACUAUGGAAUAUAUGAUAGUAUAAAGAUGACUGAGCAAGAGAUUCAUAUGGAUCGGCCCCUUCUUGCGGCGAGCUUAUGCUUCUGGUCGUCUGCAACCAACACCAUCAACUUGCCUUUCGGUCCCAUGACCCCUACUUUGUUAGACAUGGCCGCAAUAUUUGGGUUUCGGCCGAAUGGCGAGGCUGUUUGUGCUACAGCCAAAUUCCCUAGUUCCUUCCAUGCUAGUCUGAAACCUUUUAUGCCACACAUGCAGUUGAUGAAGCAGUUUCAGAAACUAGGAGGCAACCUCCAAAACAGCACGAACACGCCGCCUUCCUUCUCUAUUGGCUUUGUAAGUUUGUAUUUUGCUCCAAGUCAAAUAAGUGCACUUUUGAAUUUGUUGGUAUUGCAGAAGCUCUCAGCGUGGGUAGGCCUCUAGCCCUUGGGCCAUUUGUUCUUGCUCGCCUCUACCGUGCUUUACGCAAUGCAGUGAUCGAUAAUAUGAAUUUGGAUAUUGGAGGGCCAUUAUGGAUGUUUCAAGUGUGGAUACAGACCUAUUUUCAUGAGCUCCGGCCGACAUGUCCUCCAUUUGUCCCCACAAUGACACUUGGCCGUCAGAUUAUUGCCCUUGGCACUCGUACACAUUCAGCCGCGCAGUGUUUUGCUUUCUUUUGUUCAAAAAAGACUAUGUCCAAAGACGAGUUUGCCAUAUGUUACAGCCGAGAUCACCCUUCUUGCCUUGAGAUCAACAUAUCAAAACCAUGGGAUAAAAAAUUUGAAUUGGAUGUGAUUCUGACUUGGGGGAGUUUUCUGAUCUCUCGAGACCUGAACUAUGGCCUCAAAGGCACCGUGGGUCGGUAUGGUGCGGAGGUCUAUCUUCCCAAUUUUGUUGCACGUCAGCUUGGCUUCAUACAGAGUUGUCCGGCCUUAUUCUUGAUGUCAAGAAACCACUUCUCGUCAUGGAGAGAUGGGUUCACACGAACUUCUCAGUGUUCGGCCGUUGGUAACUACUAUGAAGAGCAAUUUGGCAAGUUUGAGAGAUCCGGCCUAAAGCCUCGUUGUCCUGAUCAUAGAGCCACCCCACACUUCCAAGCUUGGUGGUCGACUUUUAUCAUGAAAAAUCUUGGAAAUGACUUGGCUGGGACCCAACGUGCUGCAUUACAAGGACUUCCGAACUUGCUAGGCCCCAAGGAAGGUAAUGGUAAGAAGAAAGCACCGGAUGGCAAGUUAAAAUCAACCAAAGGAUCCUCUAAACAAGGACAAACAUCGAAGAAACGUGGCUCAACAUUGGGGUAUACUCGGAACGCCAAGAAAACAAAGAAAUCAUCGGAUAUGGUGGAGAAUUCGGUCACAAACCCGAUGGACACUAUGGUUAGUGAAGACAUAUUUUUUGAGGCUAAUAUGGAUGAUGGCCACGAUGCUUUGGCUGAAAACCGAAAUACGUCUGAAAUUGAGGAUAUGGCCGAAACUGGUGACGCCUCGAUCCAUAGCGCGGACUCGGCCGAUAGCGAAGGUUAUUCGGAAGAAGCUCAAUCAGAAAGUGGCGAUCAAGAGAGAGAUGGCCGCAUUGAUCAUUCUUUGCCCCCACUUGAAAACUCCAUGAUUGAGAUUGACAUGGAUGACUUGGGUGAGAGCCAACUGCACAACACAUCGAGCAUCGGCCAACAGCUUGCCAUAUCAAACAACUUUUCCAAGGAUGUUGAAAACACAGAUGCACGUGGCCGAGAAACACUACUUAUCCAUCAGACAUUGGUUCAGGUGGGAGAAUCUCGAAGCAGUACAACCCUAGAAUUGGCUCUUCUCAACCAAACUGAGCCACAUCCUCCUAUGUUCGGAACACUUACCUCUCCUCCUAAUGACGGGAUGUGUCAAAGUGAGCAAGCUAUCGUUUGCGCUCCAUCUUCGGCCGAGCUUGUGGAUCAUACAGCGGGUGAUCUUGGUUUGGACCUACUUCAAUUCCUAAAUACUCUAGACAACACCACGAGUCCCGAAGAGGAAAAACUUGAAACAGCCGAAACCAAAAAGGCACUUGAGACGGUCAGACAGUUUUUGGGUUGUGAUGUGAGAACAGUGACCGAGGCUAGUUUUCUCUCUUUGAAGGAAGCGGUUGAAGUACUUAUUUCAGCCAAACAUUUCUCUCAGGUAGAGGCUUAUGAAGUUCAUGCUCGUUUGGCUGUUGUAAAUUUUAGUCUCUCUCCUUGUCUAGAAGCACAAAAAGAGUUUGAAGCAGGCGAGAAGCUGAAAAGUGAGUACGAUGACAUUCGCCAGUCCACCGAUCUUGGCCAACUCCAGAAGUUAAAGACUUCUUUGGACGAAGGAAGGCAAAAAGUGCUUGAUCUGAGGAAGCAGUUGGCCGAAGCUGAAAAGCAAGUCAAAGUCACUUCGGCCGCCAUCCGAAACAUUGUUCCCCAACAAGAUCUCACCAAGUAUAGCUUGAUUCUGUCAUCGGUCAAGUCAUAUAACAAGAAGAGGGGCAUCUUGAAGCGAAAGGUCGACCAAGGUAUGCAAGACUUGGAAGAUGUUAAAGAAGCUCUUCGGUCACUCUUGCCCACUGAUUAGUUACUUUAGGAUGUG